AUGGCGGACAAGUACAUUCUGCGCAUCACCGCCGGCGGCGACUACGACGAGGCCAAGCACGUCCAGGUGCCCGUCAACAAGCCCGACACCGUCAGCAUCGCCACCCCGCACGCCGACAUUGAGCUCAACGUGCGCAUCCAGGGCUACCAGGGCCUGCCGCCGGGCUCGCCGUCCACCUCGGCCUACUUUUCCGCCGAGCCGCACGCCGCCAACCAGGACCAGUACAGCAUCUCCUUUCGCUUCACCCCGAAGCCUCCCCCCGCCUCAUCCUCUCCAGAGCAAGGCAUCAGCGGUGCGCACCUCCAGUUUGGCAACGACUUUGAUCGCCCCAUCCGCGACAAGCUGCCGCCGGGCUUCAACACGGCCAUGCGCAUCGUGAAGUGGUGGAUCGACCCGGGCCUCGACGGCGACGCCUACGCCGACAAGCCGCACCUGUACGGACCCGCGCUCAGCAGCUUCAACGUCUUGGAAAUGGGUGCGGGAAAGCAUGAUGCGGACAAGGGCGGGCUGUGGUUCGAGGAGGGUGGCGAGGAGGCGACGCGUCAGGAGCUGGGACUGCCGGACACGGGCAAGGCGCGCAUGAAGUGGGCGCUCAACGACGCCAACAAGGACAAGUUUGUGUUUGAGUACGGCAAGACGUACGGCCUGGACUUUUUCAAUCCGUACCUGGACUUUGCCAACUUGGCGCUGCGGCUGCCGGGCUUUCAGCUGAGCAUCGCCAACUACUGGGACGGCCAAGCACUUCGGUCCUCCGACAGGCGCUCACACCAACUUAGAUAUGUCCUCCGGAACAAAGCAACCGGGGACGUCUACCUCGUGGUUGUCUUCAGCCUGUUUCUCCGUGAGGACCUCAACGAGGACGGCACGCUUAGGGAGGGCGCGCAGCAGCACACGGCGGGCGGCGCGCAAGUGGCGACGGACAAGAAGAAGCCGGAGACGGACAAUGAGCACGACCACGACGAGGAGGCGGCGCUGAAACGGGCACGGGAUGAGUUUGGCGUGCCGCAUCAUGAGACGAGUGCGGAUGAUGUAGACUAA